AAUGGGGAAAAAGAAGAUAGACAUCAAGAAAAUAAACAACAAGAACUACCUAAAGGCCACUUUCUCAAAGCGGCGCAAGGGACUUUUUCGCAAAGCCACUGACCUUUGCUGCUUGUCUGGUGCCCAGAUUGCGAUUAUCACCUUUUCACCCGGUAACAAGCCCUUCAUCUUCGGACACCCCUCCGCGGAAACUGUCAUCGAUCGAUUUCUUGGCGAACAAGCUUCAUGUACAACGGAUGGUGAUGAUGAUGAGGGCAUUGGACCCGUUGAGGGUGAGGAUGGUCAUGAAGAUUUAGAAGCCAGUCAUGAUGAAGAGGAUAUUGGAUCCGUUGAUGCUGAGGAUAGCCAUGAAGAUUCAGAAGCCCAUCAAGAAGAUGAGGCUGGUGGGGAUGGGGAAAAGGUCAGUGUAUGGUGGGAUGAGCCUAUUGAUGAAAAUUUAGGACUACAUGAACUUAAAAAGUACAAGGGUUUGCUAGAAUGUUUGAAAGAGAAUGUGGCUAGUAAGUUAUAUGAGAUGAAUAAAAGGGAAUUUUACACCAAGGAUUAUUUGGCAAUGCUUAAUUCAGAGAUCGGUUCUACUUCUAAUGCUUAAAUGCGAUUAGUUUUGUUGGUUUUUGUUUUUGUUAGAAAACUCUAAUUCAUCAACCCUUUGUUGUUGAACAGAGAAUUUUGUAUUUACUCUUGAAUUCAAGCCUUUGAUUUCAUUUAAUUUUGUAAUGUUUUUGUUUCA